UAGAAUUUACCAGAUACAAAGCUUCUCGCUUCUAGAUUGCUCCCUGCAACACUAUAAAUACACAGCUCCUCCAUUAUCUCAUGCAUCAGAACAAAGAAGAAUACUCAAUAAGCAAUAUCUAUCUAUAUAGCAAGUUGAGUUCCAAUCUUCCUACAGAGAAAAAUGGCAAUGAUUCCAAGUUUUUUCGGCAACUCACGGAGCAGCAGCAUCUUCGACCCCUUCUCCGUUUUCGACGUUUCGGAUCCUUUCAGAGGCUUCCCGUUUCCCUCUUCUUCUUCGCUAAUCUCUGGUGAAAAUUCAGCCUUCGUCAACGCCCGCGUCGACUGGAAGGAGACACCCGAAGCUCAUGUUUUCAAGGCUGAACUUCCGGGGCUCAAAAAGGAGGAAGUGAAAGUGGAGGUUGAAGAUGACAGAGUUCUUCAAAUCAGCGGAGAGAGAAGCGUUGAGAAGGAAGACAAGAAUGAUAAGUGGCACCGUGUGGAGCGCAGCAGUGGGAAGUUUAUGAGGAGGUUUAGGCUGCCGGAGAAUGCCAAGAUGGAUCAGGUUAAAGCUUCCAUGGAGAAUGGGAUUCUUACUGUGAGUGUUCCUAAGGAGGAAGUCAAGAAACCUGAAGUUAAAUCCAUUCAGAUUUCAGGUUGAAAUUGGGAUACUUUUUCUUGUAAAAAUCAAAUGACAAAUAUUAGUGUGUGUGAUGUGACAAAUUAAAAUAAUAAGUGAAGUGUGUUUGUUUUAAAUAAGAAAAUUUUAAAUAUGUUUAUUUGCUGAUCUAAUGAAAAUGGUAUCCUG